CUAUCUCGCCAUUGUACUCAGGGGUUGAGCAGGCCGGCCGGGCUUUGAAUGGCGGGGGGCAAGGCAGAGCGGGUAGGCGAGCGGGCGGGCGAUUGCUCGAGCGGGCUUCCGGCCCAUUUGGAGUGAGAUGCGGAGGUAGCACGCCGAUCAAGGACGAGAGCUCCGAGGAGGCAUGCAGAGAGAUGACAAGGCAGACGUCGUUCCUGGACCGCCUCUGUUUCUGCCGAAGAUGGUGCACCUCAGGCGGCCGAUCUUGACGCCUCAGUAGCCCCUUUGAUUGCCAUGUUGCUCGCUACGCCGAGAAGCUGCCCCGUGCACAGCCCUACAUAUGGCUGGAGGCCCUGUACGCAAGUACGACGUUCAUCUCUGCUGCAAGUACGCCCGAACCGCUUCGCAUAGCAUGCACAGCUGGCGUCUUUCGUUGUUUGUCGUCUCAGGUAUCCCUGUGUGUUGCGCCACGUCCGUGUUGGUCAAAGCGCGCAGCUCGUCACCGCGAACGCCACGCCCAAACGCCUCCAUACUGUUGCUUUGUCCCUUCUGCCAAGAGAGAACAAAUCAGAUAGCUGGCGCUCGACCUUCGAUUGCUCUAUCAAUGUGCGGUGACACUACACCAGUGGGACACCAAGACCAAACAAAAGCCUGCUUGCUUGCAUUCGAAGUCACAAUGCUGUCGUUGGCGCGAAUCAGGCGACACAGAAGGAGCAAGAGUGCGCCUCAUGGCCUUGUACUUACUUGUUUCCCACGUCACGCCCUCAUCAAUGGACUUGCAUCACAGCAGUGCCUCGCUUUGCCUAUUCACCGCUCUUUCUUCGAAGACUUCUCCCGCCUGACCAAUGCUUGCUCAAUGGUAUCCCCGCUGCCCGCUCAAGCCCCUUCUCAUUUGUUUGUACGGUGCACAAGCAGAAGCAUAGUCUGUGAACUGCAGACGGGGCGCAAAGGAAAGGGUGCGUGCGACUAUUUGUGCAUGCUGCAACCAAAGGCAACCUCUGACCAAUGUGAAUCAAGGUGCUGCUUAAUGUCUCUUCUUAGCAGAUUGCAUUGUACGUGCAGAGAUGUGACGUUGGCGGGCUAAGCGGCCGGCUUAGAUAUCGCCAGACCUGUCACUCCCUCAUCAACAAAGGCUCGCCAUUAUCAGCACAAUCCACACAAGUGCACGUUGCCGUCAUCGCAAGGACAAGAGUGGCCCAACAGCGCUCAGCUUCCGCCCUCUAUUCCCGCCCCGGAACUACGACUGUCAACAGUCCAUCUCCCACAGGCCCUCGCUUGCUUCCUUAGGC